AUAAUUAAAAAAAUGAAUCAAAAUAAUAUUUUUGUUGCAGUAAGAAAAAGACCAUUAAAUUAAAAAGAAGAAGAAUAAGCUUAAUUUGCAUAAAUAGUAGAAAUAUAAAAUAAUACAUAAAUAAAUUUACUUGACCCAGAAUAAAUAAGUCAAAAAUACAAUUUAAAUGCUAAUAAUAUAAGUAAGAAUAAAUUUAAAGAAAAUCAUUUUACAUUUGAUAUUGUAUUUGAUGAAAAUAUAUCUACUAAAGAAGUUUACAAACAAACCAUUUUUUAAUAAAUAAAUGAUAUUUUAGACGGCAUAAAUACUACUAUUUUUGCAUAUGGCGCAACUGGAGCAGGCAAAACAUAUACAAUGAUUGGAUAAAAAGAUGAAUAAGGAAUAAUUAAUUUACUAUUAAAUGAUCUGUUUUAAUAGAUAUAAAAUAAAUAACUAACACAUAAUGUAGAAAUAAAAUUAGCUUAUAUGGAAAUCUAUAAUGAAAAUUUAAGAGAUUUAUUAUCUACAGAAGGAAAAAAUUUAGACUUAAGAGAAGACCCUAAAAUCGAUUAAAUAUAAAUACAUGGAUUAACAGAAAUAAAUAUAAAUAGUAUUAAUGAUUUAAAUGAAUAUUUGAAAAUAGGUGCCAAAAAUAGGACAAAAGAUUAAAGUUUUUAAAAUGAAUUUUCGAGUAGAUCCCAUGGAAUAAUAUAAGUAUAUAUAGAAUGCCAAGAUAAAGCUGAAGGAAUCAAAACAGAAAUAAUUUGUUCAAAAUUAAGCUUAGUAGACUUAGCUGGAUCUGAAAAAGCUUGGGCUAAUAAAAGUAAAAAUACAAAAAUUGAAGGAGUUAAAAUUAACCAAAGUCUUUUAACUUUGGGAAAUUGUAUAUAGGCUUUAAGUGAAAAUUCUAAAGGGGGUUUUAUUCCUUAUAGAGGUUCUAAAUUGACUAGACUUUUAAAAGACUCUUUAGGUGGAAAUUGUAGAACUUUUAUGAUAGCAAAUAUUAGUGGAAGCAUAUUGUGUUAUGAAGAUACUUAUAAUACUCUUUUAUUUGCUAAUAGAGCAAAAAAUGUAAAAGUUUGUGUAUAGAAAAAUAUUAUUGAAAAAAAUAAUCAUAGUAACUUCAAUUCCAGAAUAAUAUAUAGAAUUAGAAAAUUUGAUAAAAACUCAUUUUUAAGAUGA